CCCCCCGUCAGGAGGAUGAACGGCUCUCUUUUAACCCCGCCCAGCCCGCGGGCGGCAAACUCCUCUCCGUUACCCCCCUCACCCUCCCCAUCUCCAUCUCCUCCAUCUCCCUCUAUGCUGCCCCUGUCCCCCCGGCCACCCCCUCUCCCACCUCUCGUGAGCCCUCCACCCCAGGCCCACCCCUCCUCCCUCUCGGACACCCCCACUCCGUCCCCCUCGCCUUGCCUGAGCUGGACCGAAUUCUGUGAGCUUCAUGCACGUGUUGCAGCCGGUGACUUUGCCCGUCACUUUCGGGCUUUUCUCCAGGAGAAUCCCCACUACUCCCCAGACUCAGCAGCCGCCUUCUGCCGCCGCUUCACCGACCGCUUUGUUCGUCACUUCCAGAGCGAAUUGGAGGGGGCGCUCCUGCCCAGUUGUGCGUCUGGGAGGGACGAAACGAUGAGCUGGGCCCCGCAGUCAGAUGCGACUUCGCUGGAAGAGGAGGCGGUCUCGCCCCUCUCAGCAACGGGGGGUGUGGUCCUCCCGUGCCCCCCAACCAACCUGAUGCGGGCUUUAUCCAAGCCUGCGCCGACGAGGCUGGUGUUGGAGAACCGCACCGGGGACAGGUUUCAAGAUUCCUACGCCCACGGCCAAGUCCUGCCGCCUUCGUCCUCUUCAUCGUGCUGCUCCUCAGUGGGAGGGAACAACGGCAGGCGCGAGGAGAGGGGGGGCAUGAUCGCCCCUGGGAAUGGGGAAGCACCCGUUGAAGAAGAGGAGGACAGCUGGCUCGGAGUGUCGUCUGUUGGAGAGGAUGUUGAUACAGAAGAGCGGGACGCCGAGUCUACAGAGGUGGAUAAUGCUGACCCCUCCCACACUUCUCAGAUUCCACCUUCCCCUUCCUCCGUCACUCCUCCCCCUGACUCCAAAGGUAACGGCACGCCCAACUCCUCCAAAAACAAACUGAAAAAGCGUUUUUCAUUGCGGAGUGUGGGUCGUAGUGUUCGGGGGAGCGUCCGCGGCAUCCUGCACUGGAGAAGCUCCUCCAGUGACUCGGCCCAGAGCCAGCUGCCCUCCAGCUACAGCUACACUAUGGGUGUGCAGGACGCUACUUUGGUUUCAACCUCCAAGAGGAACUCUGGUACGCAGCCCCCCACACCCACCUCUUCCAUGCCAGUCUCUCUGUCCAUGCCUCUUUCCCUCCCCCAUUCCUCUUCCUCCUCUCUGCCUCCCUCAUCUUCAAGCAGCGCCACCUCUCUGUCUCUGUCUGAGGCUGCUCGAGAUCGGCGGCGGAGCAACGGGGAAGGAGGCGAGAAGGAGAAGUGGAGUCAUCGGCUGGAGAAACUCAGACUGUCCCGAUCCCCUCCUCCUGUCCUCACCUCCACCACUUCCGGCGCUCACUCCACCUCCUCCACGCUGCCUCCGAGCAGCGCCGCUGCCGCCGCCAUGGGGCCGCCAAGGAGGGUGGGCCGACUGGUGCGGGAGGGAGGGGUGAGCGUCAGCUCGUCCAGCGACGAGUUGAGUGGCAGCCACGGCUUCUCUGGCUUCUCAUUCGGUUUGCUGCAUCACGGUACGGACAACAACAACGCUGCCUCAGCUUCAUCUGCAGCGGCUCAGACUGGUCCGGUGCAGCCUCUGGCCAGCGGAGGGAACGUGCCCUGGAGAGGAGGACGCUGGCACAAGUGUCGUCUGGUCCUCAGAGAGCGGGACAGAGAAGGCGGUGAGCGGGGAGAGGAGUACUACCUGGAAUUCUUCAUUCCACCUAAAUCGUCGAAGCCUCGACUGACGGUGCCGUGCUGCUCGAUCGUGGAUGUGAGGAGCACCACAGCGCUGGAGGUCCCCGACAAGGAGAACACGUUUCUGCUGCAGCUGGAAGCGUCGGCGCAGUAUGUGAUUGAGACUCGAGACGCCGUUCAGAUGAGAGCCUGGCUGAGCGACAUCAGGAACGGCAUCUGUAUCAGUGAGCAGGACGAUGCUGAGGGUGUGUGUGUUGGCCCGUUAGACAUCAGCGGAACUCCUGAGAUUGUCGACCGUCUUUCACAAGUGUGUUACGGAGGCUCGUCACCUCUGAUGGAUCCUCUCCCACCGGAGCUGCCUCCUCGAGCCCCUCUAGACGAACCGGACGGCCGGAUUCUUGGUGGAGGCGGGGCUAGUCUUGGCACACCAUUUGCAGAGACGCCUGAUGCCACAGGGUCCUUCCUGUUCUCUGAGGUGACGUCCUCUGAGGCCGUGGAGCACCCUCUCAGCGAGUGUCAGUGGUUUCACGGCACCCUCUCCCGCCUCAAAGCUGCUCAGCUGGUGUUGGCCGGAGGCCCGGCGAGCCACGGCGUCUUUCUGGUUCGCCAGAGCGAGACGCGGCGCGGUGAAUAUGUCCUCACCUUUAACUUCCAGGGCAAAGCCAAGCACCUCCGUCUGUCCCUGAAUGAGGACGGUCAGUGUCGGGUGCAGCACCUCUGGUUCCAGUCCAUCUUCGACAUGUUGGAGCACUUCCGGGUGCAUCCGAUCCCUCUGGAGUCUGGCGGCGCCUCGGACGUCACGCUCAUCAGCUUCGUGGGUGCCACCGCCGUUCGCCAGCCAGGCCGGGACAGGGCAGGCAGUCGGCCUACAGUCUGUGACGUCAUCACCACGCGCCAUCCUGACUCUCCAUCAACCCCCAUCUCUGACUGUGUACUUGACCAGCAGACCCCGUAGCCCUCCUCAGCCUCCUCCCCUGCCACCGGGCCGGCCGCCACCACCGACUCCGCCCCAGGACAGAGGAAAUGAGACGGAGCUGGUAGGAGGAGCGGGAGGAGGAGCGGGAGGAGCAACAGCGACUGUGGUGACAAUGGCAACGACAGGAGGAGGAGGAGGAAGUGGAGGCAGCGGAGGUGGAAGUGGAGGAGGAGUGGAGGACUGGGAGGAGAGGGACAGGGACACUCCUCUCCGCCAGCUGGAAGCUGUGGAGGGAGAAGAGAGGGACGGAGCGAGGGCACCGAGAGCCAUCGAUAACCAGUACUCCUUCUUCUGAUGAAGGGAAGGCCAGGAGGAGGAGGAAGAGGAGUGUGUGUGUGUUUGAGUAUCGACCGAGUGUGUGAGUGAGUGAAUGUGAGAAUGGAUGAGGCGGUGAACAUCAUAGCCAUUCAUAACCAGUAUUUUUAUUUCGUUAGCAAGCUGGAGGACAAGAGGAGGAGGAGUAAACUAACACUAUAAGACAGAGAGAGGGAGAGAGACGGGUGAGAGCAGCUUUACAACACUAACUUCGUGGUACAUUUCUUUUUUUAUUUAGUUUUGUCGGUACGCCUCGCAGCAGCGUCUGCUCUGUCUCAUGUGCACGUGGACAGAAGUGUCAGUUCAUCACUGUUGUUCUACAGAGACACGUUCGCCAGAGAAAACAUGGAACACAACAAACACUACAUGAUACUCACAUAAGGGAGGAAGUGGAGAAUUCCAAAAAUCUUUCUGAUUGGAUGCAGAAGAAUCAUCAAACUGUGUGAAGAGUUUUACGGGAAGAGAAGAGACAGAUUUAGAUUCUGAAAACCGACAAUAAAUCCAUUAUUUAAUACAAGAAAUUGGUGAUUUUCAGUUUAAGUAAAAACGUUUAUCAUUAAUAACUGCACAUGACAGAGAAACAUCUGUAAUUGAUUUCUCAAUCAACAGAAAUCUAAUCACAACCAAACAUUUGUUGGAUGCAGCUUCUCAAAUGUGAGAAUUUGCUGCUUUUCUUUGUUUCAGUUUCUAUAAAGUUGUUUGUUUAAAAGAAGGUUUAUCUUAAAACUAUAAUAUAAAAAUAAUCAUAAGCUGCAGCCAUUCUUUUUUCUUGUGGAGUGUUUUAUAGGAACAAGAAUGUAGGGAGACUAAUGUGUAAUAAUUAAAGCUCGAGCACUGACAAGGACCCUUUUGCUUUUUAGUUUGAAAACUGCAGGUUGCGUUAAAGUUAAGGAUUGUUAAUGGAGUUUGGUGCGAUGACGCCUGAACUCAAAGUGUAAAAACAUGUUGGUUCGAGUGGCACAUGAACCAGAGCAGACAGGAAACGUUUACCUCAGCAUGGCACUCUCUCUCUCUCACACACACACACACACACACACAC